AGUUGAUGACGAUCAUGGCCGAAGAAGCAAAGUGAUGAUGUGUAAUUCUGUGUUUGUUCGGUUCGUUCUGCUGGGAAAAUAGCAAAUAUUCAUCCUAGAACGAAUAUGCAACUUGGAUUGUGAAAGAUUGGAACGGGGACAAUUCCUUUCUUCGAUUAAAUUGUUAUUUAUUUUAGUCUUCGUUAAUUUGUGUAUUAGAUACCGAAACAUUUGUGUGACUAUCAAGACGACGAGAAUCAGGAGCGAUGUCUGGUUACGACCCGGGAGGUGGCCAGCAGCCGCCGCCAGUUUCCGGCUCUAGUAGCACGCCGGAUCUGACCAUGCUGCAGGAAAAUUUUACCCAGCAGCAGGCUAAGAUAACGGCGCUGCGGGAAAUGGUUCGCCAAACGGAGUCUGCACAGGGCAAGAAAACGGCCUCGGCCCAAGAGCGGGUCAAGAACAUUGCCCAGCGCUUGACUCAAUACAAAACGAAGGCUACCAGAUCUCGGCUGAGCAGAGCUGGAAGCUCGGAGGUCCCGUCGAGCGAACUGAUGGGCUCCCGAAUCCAGGAAGAAGACUCCGGUCAGGACGCCAGCUUCAACAUCAGCGGCGUGGAUUACGAAGAACAGCAGCACAUGUCGCUACCGGUGAUGCCGGUCACCGGUCGAGCCCGUUCCGAAACACCAGGUACGGAAAAAAUAAAUCUCCUGCGUCAGCAGAUGGAACAGAACCGGCUGAAGAUGGCCGAACGCGAGAGUCAUAAACGUGAAAUGGAGGAACGGGUCAUAGAGUUAAAACAUAAGCUGGAAAGCACCCAACAGACUCUGGAACGAUCGGUUGAGCUAGGGCGUUCCACUGGGGACUUGACUCUUUUGACACCUUUUAAGAUGGGUCGGUUCGAGUUCAACAAAUCCACUUCGGAUCUCACCCAGCUCGUUGGAACCAGUCUGGGUGGCGUUUCGAACUUUGAUGUUGAACGUCUGAAUUAUCUUGAGGGUCGAGUAAAAGUUUUGGAAAAGGAUUUAGCAAACAAGGAAAACAUUUCGACAAAGGAUGAAACUGUUCAGCAGCUGGAACGCAAAAUUGCCGAUCUAGAAGAAGCGCUCAAGGAGAAGGAAUGCCUAAUUGAAGCACGGACCCAAGCAGUUUCAUCGAUGACGGAACAUCUGACAAUGAAGGGCAAAAACACCGUCGAUCUGCUGGAGGACACCAAACAGGAAAUGUUCAAAAUGCAGUCAAAUUUUGUUCAAGCUGAAUCAAGCAUGAAGGACGAAAUCGACAGACUGCAAUUGGAACUGAACGAGAAAAAUAGCAAAGUCUCAAAUUUAGAAGAAAUGAACAAUAUUUUAGAAACGGCACGUUACGACCUCACCGUGGAAAAUGCCUCGCUGAAGCAAAAGCUAGAAGAUGUUCAAGAUUUCAGUACCAAAAUAGGUGAGCUGAACAAACUAAAUCAAAGUCUGCAGCAUCGUAUCACCGAACUGGAAAAUCAAAAGUAUGAGUUCAUAACAGAUGCCGAAGCUGAACAGGCUAAAUUCGGAGAAAAUGACGAGAAAUAUCGAGAACUUUUAGAUCGAAUUCAAGAGCUGGAAGAAGACCUUAGCAAAAAAAAUAUCCCGGAGAAUGACUUGCUAGAGAAAAUUCGCUCAUUGGAGGCAACCAUCGAAGCACAAAAAGAGCAGAUCGAAUCAUUCCAGCAACAGCACGCCGAGCUGCAAGAAAAUCUUCAGGAGAAAACCGUCGAGUUAAACGUUCUGAACGCCAACUUUUCAGUCCUUCAAGAAAAACUUAAAAACGCCGGUCCCAAGCCUCUUUUCCCCAAAUCGGCCGAAGAGGAGGCCGAAGUGGAAACUUCCAAACUGAAGCAACAACUGGACGAAGCCAACAAAAGUAUGAUAAAAUCAAAACUCAAGAUCAAGCAGCUCCAAAAGCAGGUCGACUCCUUCAAGAAAACAUCCGGGGUCCACGAAGAAGUGGUUCGCCUCACCGAGGAAGUUCAAUCGCUGCACCAACGUUUGGCCGAAGUUGAAGAGGAAAAAGGCAAUCUGCAACUGCACCUGGUCAACUAUGACGGCUCCCUACCCGAUUCGGAACUUGAAAAACGUAUCAAAAUCCUUGAAACGACCUGCCACAACCAAACGACCGCAAUUCAACUGCUCGAGGAGCAGAAGCUGGACAUUUGUGAAGAUCUUAGCAGCACCAAGCAGGAGUUGGAAAGCAUGCGGGAUCAUGUCAAGGAGAUGGAUCAAUCCGAACAGUCCGGUAGCAUCUCUUGUCAGAUGUCGUCGAUCGAGUUCGAAGAGAAAUUGGAACGUUGUUUGGCCGACAAAGAGACCAUAAGUGCCCAGCUUCAGCGUCUGGAGGAGGAGAAGAGCGAGCUGCAGCAGAAGCUAGACCGUUACAUGGUGGAAAAUAUGGAGCUACUGGAGAAAAUUGAAAAAUUAAGUUUGGAAAAGGUAAGCUCAGCGGAGUCGAUUGAAAUUGUGGAAGGUCUCACGGCAAAGGAGAAGCAGGAAAUCGAAUGCUACGAGCUGGGACGAGCCAAGACAUCAACGUCGACCGAUGGCGAGGAGAAGGACAGUGGAGAAGAUGAAGCAGAUAGAUUACACCGCCAAGAAAUGCUGCCACAGUCCUCCAGCUUAGCCGAACAUUGCUCAGAGAUGGAUGAUGACAAAGCUGACCGGGACGACGAGGAUCUCAACUCCAGCUUGGUGAAGCUGCGCGAGGAGAGCAGUGAACUGAUGCACAAGAUCGAACUGUUCACGGCGGAACGGCGCGAAGUUCUCGACAAACUCGAGGCUCUGACCGUGGAGAAUCAGCGCUACUCGGUGGAGUUGGAAGAGCUGCGAGCCGAACGUCAGACCAUGCUAGAAAAGUACAGCGCAUCCGAGGAGAUAGAAGCGAAAUUGAAAUCGGACUUAACGAAGGCAGAAGGAGAAAGAGAUCACCUACUGAAGGAGCUAGAAGCAGCUCAGGUGUUGAAGGACAAACUCGAAAGCGAUGUGGUUAGCGGUGCGAGCUCUAGCCAUAGUUCCCCGGCGAAGACUUCAGGUGGCCCAACGAUCGAUAGAGAUUCCUUUGAGCAAGCACUGCGAUCGGUAGACAAUGAGGUGAACAACUACAACAAGAAUAAGGACAAAAAUAAAAAGUUACAAAUAAGUAAAAAAUUGUCAUCCGAUGCCAAAAACUUGCAGAAGUUGGCGAGCGAAUUGUUGAUCGAAUACUUCAACAGGUUGGAACAAUUCGAAUCAAUGGCAGCGGAAAUAGAGACGCUGAAACUUAAAGUUGCCGACGAGAGUACAGCUGCAAAACCCAAUCCGGAAAUCGAUGUUCUUAAGGCGCAGAUCAUGGAAAUGACCCACGCUCAAAUUGAGAAGGUUGAGUGCAUUGACGAGCUCAAACAAGAACUGUGUGACAGAAGAGACGAGCUGGAAGAGCUGCGACGUGAACUGGAGGCUGCCAGGGAAGCUGCUGAAAAAUCAUCUGACGAUGAACCAGAACUGCUGAAGGUAGAACUCAACAGCCGCAACGAUGAAAUACGAGAGUUGAAGAAGGAACUCGAAGCUUUGGGAUUGCGAAAAGCGAACGAAGUUGAUGACAUUCAAACAAAACUGCAUGCCGCCAGCAAGGAAAUCGAAAUCCUCAAGGAACUAGUUGCUGAGCAAAAGCAACAACUGAUUGAUACUUAUCAGGAACAUGAACACGAAAUAACUGCCAAGUUGAAGGAAAUUCAGGACUACGAGAAUCAAACUCGUAAAAUGAAGGCAGAGUUAGAUGAACUUAAUGCCCGUGCCAAUGAAAGUGCCGAAAAAUAUUCGGAAAAUAUGAACAACCAAUUGGACAAAUUGCAAUCUAUUGUGGAUGACCAAAAUAAGGAAAUAGCACACAAACAAGAAACCAUCGAAACCUUGAAUAGCCAAAUCAUUGAACUUUACAAAACAAUGGAAGAGAAUGCCAAUAAAAUUAUUGAAAAAGAUGACGAAGUUCAGUAUCUGCAAGAGAUGUUGGAUUCGAAAAAAGACGAAAUAGACAUGCUUCACCAAAAGUUAGCCACAGGUCAAAAAUCCAUGGAGGAGUUACAGCAUCAAUUGAAUGCUGCCUUAGCCCAACCUAUCCCGCCACCAGACGAGACACGCAUCAAGCAUCUGGAACAGCAAAACAAAGAUUUGGAAGAUAAAAACCGGGAGCAACUUGAGAAGCUGAAGAAGUUUGCCGCGAACAUCAAAAAGCGAACCGCACACUGCCAGGAAUUGGAAGAAAAGAUAACCGGCUACCAGAACGAAAUAGAGGCGCUUAAACAAGCUCAAGCCACCGUUGUUACAUCCAACGAAUCAUUCGACGAUUUGAAGGAAGAAAACGAACAGCUAUCGCAGAAGUUGCAUCACCUGAAUAACGAGCUGCACAAACUCCUCCAACAAAAAUAUACUCUCGAAUCGGAAAAGCAAACCAUCCAACACACAGUCGAUAGUCUGCUUGAAAAAGCGAAGCUCAAUGAAGCAAAGAUCUCCGAACAAGAAGAACAACUUCAGAAACUGGAAGCAACACUCGAGGGACAAGCUAAAGAGUUGCACUCCACUCAGGAGGAGUCCAACUCCAGAAACGUCAAAAUCGAAAAGUGCAAGGCAAUCAUCAAGGAGAAGAAUAAAGAAAUUCAACGGCUACAGGAACACGAGCGGAAAACCGCUUACCUGGAGGAUGAGUUGAAGAUGUCCCAGAGCAAGUUCGAAGAUUUCCACAAUCAGACUCUACUGUUAGGCCGUUUGAAAGGAGAAAAGGAGGAAAUGAAUGUGACGUUGAAGACCGAAGUUGAAAAGGGCAAGCAAACGCAGUUGGAGCUGAAUCAAGCGUCAGAGAAAACUCGUAAAUUGGAAGUGGAUUUGGAUAUUGCCGAGGAAGAAAAUCGCAAUUUGAAAGAGAAGAUUUUGAAAUUGGAAAAAGGCAUUUCUUUGGUUGAAGAGAGAAGAAACUCUCUGGAGCGUCAGAAGAAGCUUCUCGGUCAGACAUUGGAGGAAAAAACUCAAGAGUUUACUCAACAUGAAGAUGAGCUUAUGCAACGUUUAGUGAAUCUAUCUCAGCACGAUGAAGUUAUCGAAAGAAAGCUGAAGGAAAAAGAAGACGAACUGAUGGAUAUCGAGUCUAAACUGAGACAUGCUGAAGAUGAACGCGAUCAAUUACAGUUGAAGAUAGGUCGCUUGGAAGAGUUGUUGAAAGCAGGAGAAGAAGCUUCGAAACGCGCCGCCGAGUUAGAAAACGAUAACUACGGGCUCAGUCAACAGGUCAGCGCCCUCCAGAUCGAACUGAGACAAGCGGCUGCCGAAAGCUCUGCUAACUUAGCCGAAAAAGAUUCUGAAAUGGAUCAACUGGAAGUGGAACUGUCCAAUCAGCUAACAAAGAUUGAAAACGAGCGUAAACAGUUGCAGGAACAGCUGGAGCGAUCUCGCGAUAGUAACACGGACUUGCAGGAUGAAGUCGUUCGAUUGCAGGAGUCGGUCAAUUCGUUGGAACAAAUGCGAUCCGAUUUGGACAAGGAAGUCACCUGGUUGAAGAUGCAAAACGAAAGUCUUGGUCAAGAUAGUAACGAGCUGCAGGAGCUGCGUAUGCAGAUUGUUCAGGACCAAACUGAGUUGGAAAACCUUCGUGGACAAUGUGAAACACUGGCUCACAAUCAUCAGUGCGAGGUGAACGCUUUGCGACAGCAGAUCGCCGACAUGGAAGCAAUCCGUACACAGUUGAGCCAAAAUCAAACCGACGAUCAGGUUUAUGUGCAGAAUGAAAUGAUCAAGCUCCGUGAUUUGUUAGAGCAAAAAGAAUCCGAAGUGGUUCAACUGCAACAAAGAAACUUGCAGCUUCAAAUGACGGCAAAUAGCUUGGAUUUAACUGAUCCUUUCUCUAGUCUUCAAUCGAAUCUAUCUCAGUCUUCAGUUGCUGCUUACCAGGAGAAAAUCAGUGAUUUGGAAAAGGAUGGUCUGUUGAAAGAUUCUCGCAUUCAAGAAAUUCAAAUCGAGAGAGAUCUGCUGACGGAAAAUUGCGAACAGUUGAAGAGACAGAUACAAUUGUUGCAAGCGAACUUAGAAAAAACUGAAGCCCUUGAAACUGCUCUGCUUCAGAAAAGCGCUGAACUGCAAAACGCAAGUCAACAAUUUUCCAAAGUUAGCCAUCCUCAAAGCGUCGCUACCUUCAGUCCAGCUCAGUUCUUUGGAGCUGAACAAUCGACUUCGAUUUCUCUUUUCGACGCAUCACCGACGACUGAGAGUUUUGGUGGUCAAGGUUGGGAGGAACCUAUUUUGACUCAGCAAAUUCAAGAUCCUCUUUCAGCAAUAGCACAAACAAAUCCAACGGGCGACGACGAGUUGGAACAGUUAAAGUUGAAGCAUCAAGAAGCCCUCAAGGAAAUCGAAGAACUUCGCUCGAAAAUCCAGGCCAUGACUGAUCGAGAUGACGAAUUCCACCAGCUCAGGGACGAAAUUGAGAUAAUACGAUCACAAAACGCUUCACUUAUUUACGAGCUAGAGGAGAAAAAUACAAAACUGAAGGACGUUGCUGUUAAACUUCAAGAAGAGCAGUUGAAAUCAAGCCAGCUGGAAGAGAAGUUGGUUCCUUCAGUUGCUUCCUUCUUUACAUCUGGGGCGGACGCUGGAGCAGCCGUUUUUGAAGAGAUUGUUGUUCCCAAAAAAGCUUAUCUCUGCACUCCGAGCGCUUCGGAAGACCAUGACCAGGAAAGUGGGCAGGCCGUCGAAGAACACAUGUUUUCAUCUGCCGUUACUUCUACACACCACGCCGCACCAUUCCGCGUUGAUGAUGGUACUGCUACGGGAGAAAGUCAUGAGCUGAAAUUACAAAAUGAGCUGCAAAGUAAGCAAAUCGAAGAACUGACUGCAAUGGCUGAACAACUUAAACAAGACCUUAAGAUGGCUACCGAGCACAAUAAAGAACUGGAGAUUUUGAGGAAAAGUGAAAUGGAAUUAAGGAACCAGUAUCAAUCGAGAGAGACGUUAAUUGCGGAACUCGAGCAGCAGAUCCAACAACUGCAGCUGGAACACAACCAAGCCACUUUCGCACUACAGCAGAAAUUGGGUCUGCAGCAGACAGAGCUCAAGGAAAUGGAAGAGCAAAAACAGCAUGAAAUGGAGGGUUUGCAUAAUGAGCAUCGUAAACAGCUUAAUCUGUUUGAGGACUUGAGUCAGCAACAUAUGCAACUUAAAGCCAUGUUAGAGCAAAAACAGAACGAAAUUGUUUCUCUGCAAAAUGAGCACCACGAGCAGCAGAAGCAGUUGGAAGAUAAUUUAAGACAACAAGGCGAACAGCUAGAGCAAAAUCGAGAUGCUAUGCUUCAGCUUACAGAUGAAAUUGAUAUUCUCAAAGCUCAGAAUUCGUCGUUGCUGCAAGAGAUGGAUGAGAAAUCUGACAAAAUUAAGCGACUCUGUCAAACUUUAACCGAAAAGGAGACCAAAUUAGCUGAUCUGGAAGAAAAGAUGAAUGAAAAUCAGCAACAACAAUCUUUAAAAACGGUAUCCUCGUUCUUCGAUGCACCGCCUCAACAAGGGCAGCAAGAAGCUGUCUUCGAAGAUAUUAUCCAGCCGAAGAAAGCUUUCGAGCUGCGGUUGGAUGAAGAAGACUGCUGGGGAGGAGAAGAAGCUUUGCUAGAAGAGAAACACCAACAAACCAGUAGUACCGUUCUAGAGCGAAGGAUCAGCGAAAAAGACGAUUACAUUCGUCAACUGGAGAUGGAGAAAGAGCGACUCCAGCAAGACAUCACUGACUUGAAGGUAAAAUCCGGUAAAUUGCUGAAGAAAGUAAAAGAAUACAAAGCAAAAAGUGAAAAUUUGGAACGACGAUCAGCUUCCAUGGAGACCAAUGAACUAGAUUUGGCCAUACAGGAAGAGUUGAACACACAAAUCAAAUCGCUUGAAGGGAAGUUGGCAGAACUACAAGCGGAAAGGGAGAAAGAUGGCGUUGAAAAAGAUUCCCUCUUGAAGCGGAUUGAUGUUCUCACUGCUGCUAACGAUCGUUUUACGGAAAUGAAGGAUCGUCAGGAUCAACAAAUCGAAAUCCAGCUUGCGAAAAUUAAGGAAUUAAAUAGAAAAAUUGAACAGCUAGAAGAUUGGGGCGAUGACAGUGGCCAUAAAACUCCCAAGCCUAGUGAAACACUUUCAACGUCUGCUUCGGCUGAUACCGGUCGAGUUGCGGAACUGGAGCGAGAGUUGCAAGAUCUGCGAGUCGAUCACGAAGAACUCCAAGCUUUGCUGGAUGAGGAGAAGGCAAACGUAGAAAUUCUGGAGAAACGAGUACAGCAAAAGGACGCCGAAAUACGGGAUUUGAUCGAGAAAAUCGAUAUUCUUUCGCAGGAUUCGCGUACGAUUAAAUCUAGCCUGGAAACGUUGAACCAACAGAAAUCGCAGGAAACUAUUCAGCUGAGCGAACAGCUACGCGAUCUAAUGGCCAAAAACAGCGAUCUUACGGAUCAAAUUGAGCGGAUGCGUAACGAAAGUAUUUUCCACAGUUCGGAGGAGGAGAAUAAAUUACAGGAGCAACUGCAACAGUUGAGUGCUCAAGUACAGUACAAGGAAGCCGAGAUCGUUCACUUGAAUGAACGGAUACAACAACAGAUCGCUGAAGAUCAGACCGAAUCGUUAGUACAGGAAAUUCUGGUUAAAAAUCAAGAAAUUGGUUCUUUGAAAGCGAGGGUUCUGCAAUUGGAGUCAGACCAACAGGAACUGCAGAGUAAUCUAACGCUGCAGAUUACCAAAGAACUGGCAGUCGGUAGACCAGAAGAUAAGCAAACUUCCACCAGAAUAGCUGAACUUGAACGUUCGAAUAAAGAUCUCAUGGAGGAGAAACUUCAAAUGGAGCAAGAACUCCAGGUGUUGAACGAUCAAGUUUUGCGUAGUUUGGAAUUCGAGGACCGUAUGAAAAAUACGGUGUUUGAACUAGAUGCCAAGAAUAUCGAAAUCGAAGCUCUGAAAAGUUCACUAGAAUCGAUAAAACAACAAAGCGGUGGAGCGAUAUCCGGCGAUGCAGAUGAACUUCGAAGACAACUCCAACAGCAUGCAAAGGAACGGGCUGAUCUGGAAGCAAACUAUCGCAUCACUCUUGAGCAGCGAGACGCGCACUGGUCACAUGUUGUGGAAGAAAGAGGAGCUCAGGUGGCGGAGAGUUGGAAGCAGCACGUCGAUUCGAUAGAGGCAGAGUUUUCUAUUAUUGAAAAAAGUCUCCGAGAGGAAAUCGCUCGGCUGAAUGAUGAAACUAAAUCUGAAGCUCCAUCGGAUAACGAAAGACCAACACCGAUGGCCGUCGAUUCCGCCAUGGUCCAGAGCAUGAAGGAAGCACUGGAGAAUCAAGAACUAGAAAUAGUUACCCUCAAAGAGCAGCUCGCCAUCCGGAGUGCCGAGUACGCUCGGUUAGCAGCCCAGGUUGAUCCGUUUGCCGUUAGACAUGCCAGCAAUAUGGUGACCAGCGAACCACGAUCUCUCACCACCGUUAGCACCAAUCCUCCGGUGGAUAACGGUGACAAAGUUCCUCGUUCCGAGUUAGAGCUUGCGCUCUACAUGAUCUAUCAGCGGGACAUGCGCUGCGAGGAGCUGGAGCUGGAACUCCGAAAUCUACUGGAAGAGCGAGACGCCUUGCAGCUACGCUUAUCUAACGCACUCCGACAGCAGGAAGAGUUCAAGCGCAAGCUCACCACUAACAUCGCAGAAGUAUCCGGCGAUUCGAGUGACAUUUCCAAAACGACGACUCCGGAGAAAUCGUUACAGCAAAUCGUCCAGGAAUCGGGCAUCACGGCGAGCAAUGUGGCCGCCGAAGUUCCCGAGGAGCUGACGACCAAGCUGAGUGAAUUGCAUUCCAUCGGCCAUGCCAAGGACAAGCGGCUGCAGGAGGAACGGGAAGAACGGCACCGACAGUUGACGCUGAUACAGCGUGAUUUGGCGAACAUGCCACUGGAGGCCGCCGCCAAGAUCACCGGGGCCAAUGUUGCAACACCAACCGAUACGGCCCAGCAACAGCCAAGUGCUUCGUCAGUCCUCAUCAAUUGGAUAUUAGGCAAAAAGUCCGACACUUAGAGAGUUGAAAUUUCCAAACCUAGCGCAUCGUUUUAGCCGAUUGCCCUGUGAGUGUUUUUAGGUGUGUCCAUGAUAAGUAGGUAAGGUGCAUUUUUUCUCUUCGUUUUCUUCUAAAUUGUCCCGAUCGGAUAACCAACAACCGUCGAUUGAAUCGAAAGUGAACUAACAAAUACAGAUCGAAUUACCUUUCGCCAUCUAUCGAACAUGCAAACGAACGAUUUCCCCAAAACCAACUCGACAUCCAUCAGUGAAAAAGUUUUCCCAUCUAUGGUAAAAGUUUGACACUGUACGAAAAGUAGAACCCGGUACGUUAUAACCGAUUCCUGAAUUUCGUUUGUUUGGGAAAAUCUAUUCUCAACAAGAAUUCACCCCGAUCCUCACAAGUACCUUCUCACGACCAGUCGUUGUUAAGAUUAUGUUUUUAAACCAUGAACCACUUAGUAAAAUAGGUUAAAAUUUACAGAUGAUCGGGAUUAGUUUUGAGUUCGGAAACAAAGGAAAUUCUUUCGAAAUUGUGGCAAACCUGUGUUCCUGAAAAUAAAAAAAGGAUAACGAAAAGCAGUAACCGUACUUUAGAUAAUAUCAGUUAAUCGGAUUUAUUAGCAAACCAAGUCAUUAGAUAGUGAAAUGGACAGUUCGAUGCAAUUUAUUGGUUAGUUAGUCGUUUUGUUCCUCUCUUUUGAUUUAUUUUGUUCAUUCGGUUAUUAGCUUUCAGUGUAAAUGCAUUUGUAAAAAAUAGAUUCAAAUUGUAUAGCUCCCUUGCUAACUAUGUUACGUAGUCCAAAAGUUUACCGUCCGUUACAAUCACGACGGACGUGCAAUAUACAGUUUUCUGGGUAACAUUUUUGUCUUACUGAGUAGCUCGGAAGGAUUGGAAAACUAAAACCUAUACUACCGAUAAAUAUAUUUAAAUACAAAAGUUA